CUAAGGCGCAGAUGACUCGAGGUCAGGGUACCGUCAAGACAGACGUCACUGGAAAGAAGCCUGUCGAAAGGCCGACCGAUGAUGAAUUCUCGUCUGACAACGAGUUUGAGGAUGCUCAGAGUACCUUCGGGGAUACCGAUGAGGAGGAGGUUGCAGACUCAGCCCUUGAUGGCGUGACCAAGAUGCUUGACGCCGCCUCGCUCCAGGUGCAGACCACUGCUUCCAGUCUGCAAAGCGUAUCCCGCACCGGGGGCGUACCUUCACGUCGAAAAGAUACUCCAAUGACAAAAGCAGAACGUCAGGCGCCUAGAAGGACCAGACCAAAACGCGAUCUCUACGGCAAGAAUGGUGACUCCAAACACAGGGAAGGCUCACACAAUUCCGAGACCGGCUGCCCUGUGAGCUUUGCCGACCAUCAGACCUUCGACGCAAACGGCCAGGAGUGGAAUGCCUUGCGGAUCACAGCUCGCGGUUCUGUCAACGCACAGAAUCCAUACAGGUAUGCUCCUCUUGCAACCCAGUCAUUCAAUUGGGACAACGUCACGGAGAUGUCUAUACACCUAAUGGACAAUCAGGGAAGCUCCAUGACCAUACCGUACUCUUUUACGCCGUCAUCCCUUGCAGGGAGCGUCAGCACUGCUGGUACAAACGCAACUUCUAGUAGAGAGACCAAAACUGCACCUGCUAGUUGGAAGGGGUUUUCUGGUCAUCACAGCACGCGAUGAAGCGUUAGCCAGCGAUCCAUAUCCAGUCUGCAGGGAAAAAAGCGGAAAAAAGGGGAAAAGGGGG